AAAACUCGAUUUAAAUGUAAAAUAAUAAACAACUAAUCAGUACCACAAAUCCUUUAAGUCGUGAGCCAUGGAUUCUAUUGAAGACGCUAAAGCAGCCACGGAGCAGGACCCUAGUAUGCCCGUAAUAAACGAAAAUAUAGCAGAAAUUGACAGUUUGGUCACCGCCGGCUUAGCAGCAGAAAAAACAUCUUGUAGUGAAGAUGUGGAAAUGGAAGAUUUAAGCGUUCAGAAUGUCAAUAUCACAGAGCAGCUGUCUUCAAAGGAUCCAAACAGUAUUGUUAUUAUUCCAACAACCGAUUGUAAGAAGAAUGAACCUGAAACGCAAGAAUUUGACGUUUCAGAAGGCGAUAUUUUAAUGAAAGAGGAAACCGACACAACUAAAGAGUGUAAAGAAACUUCGACAGACAGUAGUAUUGAACUUAUAUGUAGCCCGGGAGUUUCAGAUGAAGAAGCGGUUCGAGAUAAGGACGGUGAAGCCAGCACAUCGAAAGUAUUUGAAAAAUCUGAGGCGAUCAGCGCUAAUGAAUCAUUAGAUGGCCCGGUGCCUUCAGAUGAAGCUAAAAAUGAAGUUAAUAACAAGGAAAAUGCAAGUACAAUUUAUGAUUCUAGAGAACCUGCAAAGAAAAGCAAUGUUCAUAUGAUUACUAAUGAAGUGAUUCAAGACGCAAGUUCAAAGGAGGAGACUGAUGCCAGCUUGUCGAAAGAGAUUUCAAAAUCUUCGACGGACAGCAGUAUUGAAAUUAUAGAUAGUCUAGCAGUCUCAGAUGAGGAAGCUGUUCAGGAAGAAGAGAAUGUAUCCCCGACAGAAGAAAUUGGUCCAACUACCGACAGUAAGGAAUCGGCUGAGGACAGCAACAGCAAGCUUGGAAGUCCUUGUUCCGAAGUAAAAGAAAUAGAUGACAAAUCCAAUGGUAAUAAAGAAUGUAAUCUUAAACAGGCAGCCGAUGUAAGUGAGCAAACCAAUGAAUCGGCCGCAGACAGCAGCCUUGAAAUUAUUGAUAGUCCUUUAACUGAUGGAGAUGCAUUGUUAGUCAUUGAAUCUGCCGAAAUGGAAACGGCUCAAAGUUCUGAUAAGUCGGAUAAGGAACUAAAUGACCACUACAGUCCAAAGGAUAAUGUAAACAUAAGUGAGCAAGUCAUUGACCCAGUUACAGACAGUAGUCUGGAUGUAAUUGAUAGCCCUGCUACCUGCGAGGAUGAGUUAAACGGUGAACUGAUAUUAGAACGAGAAAAGGAGGCACAAGGAAAAAUCCUAACGAGCAGCGAGGGCGAUAGAAUUAAUUUAGACAUCGAGAGAAAUGAAUCAAAUAUGGAUAUUGAUUUAGAGGACGCAUCAAAGGAGCCCGCUGAACCCUUUAAAGAUACUGCUGAUUUUAAGGAUAACACCAAUUCGAACUCUACAGACUUUGCUGAAAACAUUGUCAGUAUCAAGCAGGAUACUACUCUCAAAGAGAACAUCGAAGAAACUCAAGCAGUGCAGUUAGCGUCCACUGAUAAUAAAGGCCAUGUUGAGACUUCAAAAAAAAAUGUUGGCGAAAUCAGUAAAACAGAAACUGCAGAGAAAAUGGAAAUCGAUGAUGUUGCGGGCGCAAGUCCAGGAGUCCUAGAAACGAAACUAGAAAAGGAUGAGUCGUCAAGAAUGGAAUCCGAAGUCGCAGACGAAACGAUUAAGCCGUCUGAAGAACUAUCAACAUAUACUGAUGGGGAAAUAUUCUAUAACAAAGAAUGUCUGAAUUGCAGCUGCAAUAAGAAUCACAAGCAAUAUGUAGUUGCAAGUAUUGGUGCCUUAAACUACUUUAGGGUACCAAGGAAGGCGCACAAAAAGCAAUUCAUUUGUCUAGGCUGCCACGAUACUGUCCACGAGAUAUAUGAGGAAUAUGCCGGCGCUCUUAUAGCGAAACAACCGUUGCUGAUGCGUGAUUUUAAAUAUGAGGACACCGACUUCGUCGCACUUGAUAGUAGCGACGAGGAAGACAAUGUGAAGGAACCGGAAAGCCCGGAGUUUUCCGCAAACGAUUUAAAUCUAAUCGAAAACGAACUGGAGGAUGCCAUUAUAAAUGUGUUGAGUAAUGUAGAAAUAAAAAAUCAACUGGCGUGGUCUAAGACGAUACUGCAGCACAAAUCCGAAUAUCUGGAACGUCAGUUUGCUUUGGCAGAUGCGGAAUUCGCGAAUUUGCAAUCCAUUGCCGAUAAAAUGCACUUCACUCUGUAUAAUACCUGCCAAGUGGUUCACAAGCAUUUGCCACCGCUGGACUUGUACCACCAACCCGGCCAUGACUAUGCGAACGUGCCGCCACCCGGUGAGAUAGAGCGACCGCCGAUUAAACUAAACGAAACUUAUUAUGCGGUUAAGAACAAGGCGAUCGCCAGUUGGGUAUCAGUCAAGGUGAUUGAAUUUACAGUGACCACAGUGGCUGGCACUGCAGUAAAGAGCUACAAGAUCAAGUAUCUGAAUACGCCAUAUCAAAUGGUUAAAACCGUUACAGCCAAACAUAUUGCGUACUUUGAACCACCGCCGGUGCGGUUACCCAUUGGAACGCGUGUUAUUGCCUACUUUGAUGGCUCUACGUUAUCGCGUAGCAAGGACAAAGGGAUUGUCCAGAGCGCAUUUUACCCCGGAAUUAUUGCGGAACCCCUUAAGCAAGCUAACAGAUUCAGAUACCUUAUAUUCUACGACGAUGGCUAUACACAAUAUGUGCAACACAAUGAUGUCCGUUUGGUUUGCCAGGCUUCCGAAAAAGUGUGGGAAGAUGUGCAUCCGGUCUCUCGCGAUUUCAUACAGAAGUAUAUUGAAAAGUAUUCUGUUGAUCGACCAAUGGUGCAGUGCACUCGUGGUCAGAGCAUGAAUACGGAGUCGAAUGGGACUUGGCUAUACGCCCGCGUCAUUGACGUCGACUGUAGUCUGGUGCAGAUGCAAUUUGAAGGAGAUAAAAAUCAUACAGAAUGGAUAUAUCGAGGUUCGCUGCGCUUGGGCCCAGUCUUUAAGGAGACACAGAACGCAUUGAAUACUCCUACAUCAGCAUUGCAGCAACAGACGCGAGUUCCAAGGCGCACCGAACCGUUCAUACGCUAUACAAAGGAAAUGGAGACAAGCAACAUGCAAGUGAAACAGCAAAUGCGCGCCAUAGCCCGCAAGAGCAGCAGCCAGCACCAAAGCGUGGCCGCAUUUCAAGCCUCCACAUCAACUGCUGCUGCCGCUGCCGUACCAAAAAGCACUGUUCGCCAUCUAAACAAUUCUACAAUUUAUGUGGACGAUGAGAAUAAGCCAAAGGGCAAUGUUGUCUAUUUCACGGCCAAGCGCAACUUGCCUCCAAAGGUUUACGCUACGCACGACUGCAAUCCAAAUUGUCUUUUCAAAAUAGCCCAUCGUUUGGACAGUUAUAGUCCGUUGGCAAAGCCGCUGCUAUCUGGGUGGGAGCGCUUGCUACUACGCCAAAAGCUUAAGCGUUAUGUGGUUUAUCGUGGGCCUUGCGGUAAAAGUUUGCGAAAUCUAGCCGAGGUGCAUGCUUACUUGCGAGCCACAGAUAAUAUUUUAAAUGUGGACAACUUUGAUUUCACCCCCGAGUUGCAUUGCCUGGCUGAAUAUUCAAUCGAUCCGACUAUUGUGAAAGAAGCAGAUAUAUCAAAGGGUCAGGAGAAGAUGGCCAUUCCACUUGUGAAUUACUAUGACAACACAUUGCCGCCACCUUGCAUUUACGCAAAGCAGCGCAUACCCACAGAGGGCGUCAACUUGAAUCUCGAUGAGGAAUUUCUGGUUGGUUGUGACUGCGAGGAUGAUUGUUCGGACAAGUCGAAAUGCUCAUGUUGGAAAUUGACAAUUGAAGGUGUCAAGUACUGUAAUCCUAAUAAGCCAGUGGACGAAAUCGGUUACCAGUACAAGCGACUACACGAGCAUGUGCCCACCGGCAUUUACGAAUGCAACUCACGCUGCAAGUGUAAGAAAAAUUGUCUUAAUCGUGUGGUGCAGCAUUCCCUGGAAAUGAAGCUGCAAGUGUUCAAGACAUCGAAUCGCGGCUGGGGAUUGCGCUGCGUCAAUGAUAUCCCAAAGGGAGCCUUUAUAUGCAUUUAUGCCGGUCACUUGUUAACUGAGACAAGGGCCAAUGAAGGUGGUCUCGACGCGGGAGAUGAAUACUUUGCUGACUUGGACUACAUUGAAGUGGCCGAGCAGCUCAAGGAAGGAUUCGAGUCUGAUGUCGAGCAGUCCGAUCUAGAAGAAGAAGAGGAUGACUAUUGUGCGCCCGAAGCAGAUGAUGACGACGAUUUUGUACCGAAGAAUCAAUACAUCCCACGAUCCAAGAACAAGAUUCGUUCUUCUCGAACUAACUCAAACGAGGUGGAUUCGCAAGAACGCGCAGUCAUCAAUUUCAACCCAAAUGCUGACCUGGAUGAGACUGUGCGCGAGAAUUCAGUGCGUCGCCUAUUUGGUAAGGAUGAGGCACCCUAUAUAAUGGAUGCAAAGACAACAGGAAAUCUGGGUCGUUACUUCAAUCACUCUUGUAGCCCGAAUUUGUUUGUGCAAAAUGUAUUUGUGGACACCCACGAUCUACGCUUUCCUUGGGUUGCUUUCUUUUCGGCUAAUCAUAUACGCUCCGGCACUGAGCUGACCUGGAACUAUAAUUAUGAAGUAGGUGUGGUCCCUGGCAAAGUUUUAUAUUGUCAAUGUGGCUCCACGAACUGUCGAAUACGAUUACUUUAAGUUAUUUUAUUGUCCUGUUGAGUUGCUGUCUGGCUGUCUGUGCAAGCCUUCUUCAAUUCGAUGUAGUAAUUCUCUAAUAAACGCGCGAACGCACACACAUAUAUA